AUGGAGGGUAGGCGAGUGAGAAGGUUCAGUAUGGGAAGAGCAAGAGGACAACACCCACAAACUCAGACCCAUCACAGUCUUCUACCCAUUCACUCCCAUUCAAACCCAUCAUCUCCUCCUGGUCUUUCAACCACCAUCUCUUGUUGCUACUGCGAUUUCAAGUUCUGGGCUUUCAACCAACCCCUCUUCCAUUUCGGGAGAGGCCACUCCCAAAUUCUCAGGGCAUGGUUCUCCAUUGGGGUCGGCUUUGGCCUAACCCUGCUCUUCUCCAUUUCUCUCAUCCUCAUCUGGGAACUCGGCAGAGCUCUCAAUCUCUUCCAUGGAAGCUUCUUCAUUAACUUGUUCUCUAGAUUUUUCUCCUCCUUCAGCACCUCAAUCGCCGACGUUGCCUGUAUCUUCAUUGCCACAAUGGUUUCAGUUUCUGUUCAUGAACUGGGUCAUGCUCUCGCUGCUGCAAGCUUCGAUUCUGAGUCUCUGCAACCAUUGUCUUGUUUGCUGCCCUUCGGAUUUAUUGUGCUGGAAUUUGGCACAAUGCAGUGUGCUGUGCAGUUUGUGGGCUGGCAUUACUUCUCCUGCCCUUCAUCUUGUUUCCAUUCUACAUACAUGGUUCUGGGUGUACCAUCUACGUCGCCUUUGUCCAGUUACUUGUCUCCUGGCGAUGUAAUUGUGUCAGUUGAUGGUGUGCCCAUCCAUAAUGUCCAGGAAUGGAUGGAGAUGACAGCUCUGAUAAAUGAAUUGGCACUUAGAGGUAGAAACCAUUCCCUAGAUGUCCCAGGCUUUGGAAUCAAUAGAAUAAAGGGGUACUGUGUGCCUAAUUCUAUGAUGGAGGAAAGUAAGCAGAUUGUUAUAGGAGAUAACCAGUCUUCUUGUCCUGAUGAUCUUACUGCAUUUACACCUCUUCCCUGUGAUGAUACAAGCAUAUUAGAUCAUAAUCAUCCAAGCAGAAUUGAGAAAACCCACUGCUUGAAUGCAAAGAAUGUUGUCAAGCUUAAUAAAUGUGGUGAAGGAUGGGCGGCAAUAACCAAUGGCAGCAACUGCAUAUGUUCACAGGAGGAGUCCUGCUUAAGUCCAGUUCAAAUUCCAGGCUUAAUAUGGGUUGAGAUCACCUAUUCAAGGCCCUAUUCUCUGGAAUGCUUGCGAGUUAGAAGAAAAUCUUUUGUGGGUCCAAGAAUUUCUGAUUCCAUGGAGUCUAACUGUGGUGGGACUUUUGUCUUUGUUGGUGAUGUUGUCUCCAUGGCACGAUCAGUUAAGUUAACUGCAUAUCAACCUCGCUGGGCAUUUCCAUUGGGUACAUAUCUUCCAAAUGUACUAGAAAGGAUUUUGAUAUGCACAUUCCAAGUCUCUCUAACACUAGCUCUUCUCAACAGCUUGCCGGUGUACUUUCUGGAUGGAGAAUCAAUUUUAGAGGCGACUCUUUCCCACUUCGCUUUGCUGUGCCCAAGGAAGAGAAGGAAAGUUCUUCAAGUUUGCCUUUUAUGGGGGACACUCAUUUCCAUCCUCGCCUUCUUCAGGAUCAUGUUAUAUACUUUGUAA